AAUACUAUUAUUCUCCGCUUGGUUUCACAUCGUUAAUAACGUUAAGAGAUUUUGUAGAGUUAUUGCUAUUUCGUUUAGGAGAAAAAGUCAUGUUGAACAUAUUUUAUACUUGUUUCUUCAUUUGUAUUGCCUCCUUCAGAGUUAACCUGUGUGACAGAAGAAUAACCAAUGGGAAAGUCGUUGAAACUGGGAAGAAUUAUAUGGUAUACCUGGUCAAUUCGCAAUACUCAGCAAAUCAACCAGACUCGUGGCUAUGCGGAGGGGUAAUAAUAUCACCGACUCAAAUACUGACGGCAGCAGCGUGUUUGACUGAAGUAACUCACAUCUAUGCUAUAGCUGGGUACAAGAAGUAUGUCAGUGGAAAUAACAUUGACAAAGACGAAUGCACUCGGACGAGAAAGCAAAGAAUCGUUAAGGUUAUUGUUUAUAAAGAUUACAACGCCACAUUAUGGGUCAAAUUCGACAUUGGAAUAGGAAUAGUGGAGAAACCAUAUAACUUCUUUGAUACAAGUUACCGCACUGUAUGCUCUUAUGAACCUCAAGCUAUAUCAAUCAACUAUGACAUUGAAGUAGAGACAGCCAACUCUUUUGGUUUAGUUCUAGGCUGGGGUGCGGCUAAACCUAAAGGACCAGAAAUAAAUAGCGAUACGAAUUCCGUAUAUCUAAUGGAAGCAUACACAGUUUUGACGAACAAAUCAUUAUGUCGGAAUCAAAUUCCAGCUUCACUGGAAUAUUACUUCUUGUGUACACAAAGGUUACCAGAGCGACCCAAGCAACGGACCGGCGCUGCUGUAACUACCCAAAAUUCUGUGACUCCUGAUAAAUGUGAUUAUACUAAUUUCAAUUUGAGUCUUGCUGUUGAGUGUUUAGAAAUGGUUGAAGUAUCGUUCAAUCGAAAAGCAAACGAAUAUCAGGCAACAUAUACAGCGAAGUUGAAUGAAACUCAAUUGAACCAUUUGAAAGAGAAUCAAACGGCCAUUAGAAAAGACAUAAUACAGGUGUCGCAGUUAGGAGGAAUAUGUCAGAAUGACCACGGUGGACCUUUGAUAACCACUACAGGCGACAAAGAAAUGGUUAUGGGUAUUGCACUAAACAGCGUUUAUAACCAAGCAUAUCAAUGUAUGGGACCCUACUUAUUUCUAAGCACAGCCCGAUCUAGUGUAUUAUUGAAGUGUUUACUGUCUUCUGAUGAAGAAACACGUCAAGUAUGUAAAUCUAUGAAGUACGAAAUCAAGGAACAUGAUGUUAUUUGGCCAAAUACAAAUAUUUAAAAGACAUGGACUGAUAGGAAAGGUACGAUUUAUUGAAAUAAUUAUAUUAUAACCACUUUUUUUUGAGAUGAUCUC